UUCAUUUUAUUCUUUAGAGACUUUAUUGGUCCAGUGAGAGAGAGAUUUGUGUUGUCACAACACCACAAGUACUGAUACACAAGCACUGAUUAAAUACAACAAGAUGCAGUAAAGAAUUCAAAUCUAAUACAAUUUACUUGGUGUUAUAUUCCCUUCAAGUUAUUUCAGAUAGAUUAAUAUUACUCAGUUAUCACUCAGGGCUGCAUGAUUUGAUCAUAUUGAAUAAUAACAAUAUCAUAUAGUAUAAAGUAUGCUACACACUUUCCCAAAGUAUCCAAAACAUCACCUUCAGUAUCGAUCAUCCUACUUUCCCCAUCUGUUCUGUGUUACAUUUUCUACUUAUGUAGACAUUAAAUAAGACUUUUUUUUUUUUUUUUUUGUAGCACUACUCUUUUGCUGGCACUCUGUUAGCAAACCUAAAUAUUGAUAUAGUGUGGAUUCACGCAAUGUGAUAUAAUAUUUUUGCGGCAUUGCCCAUCCAUACAGUACAUAAAUACUAGAAAUAUCAGAAAUAUUGAAGUCGCUUGCCAUGAUUGGCUCCCAUGAACCUUUCAUUACAGUGUGUCUGAUGUAACAUCCUAUACCACAGAACUCUUGAAUCUGAUUGAUCUGAAAGAACAUUUUAUUAAAUUUUCUAUAUCAGCAUGGCUCUGACAGAAGUUCAGACAGUAAGACAAAUCACAGGUUUAUAUUAACACGCUGUUCUAAUACGUUAUCGUAUCUGUAGUAACAGAGAAUUCACAGUGGAUGGGCUGCAUAAUCUUGGGCUAAAAAACAGAUUAAAAGCAGUAUUGCUAUUUGACAAACAAAAACAUCUAACUGUUGAUAUGGUAAAGCUUCCUGUAAGGAGACCUAUAACAUUUAUGGAAGGAGUCUUGGUGUCAGCGUUAUGUACGUUUUCUGCCAAGGGGGAGUCUUCAGGAAAGGGACUUUUAGCGUUCUGGUUUUUGUUUAACAUGACAGGCUGUGAUUUUCUUGUCUUAUUAGCUUCAAGGAACAGAAAAAAGAGAGGCUGGCGAGGGAACGAAGGUUUGUAGCUGCUGUAACAUAAGUGAUAACAGGAAUUAACUUGUCUCUUGGAAGUUCCUCAACAUUAGGUGUAAUGGUUAAAACAAAUGGUUAAAACUCACAGCAUGUUGUUUAUUAAUAAGUUAAAAAUUGUAUAAGAGGAUAAUUGUGGUAUUAGAGGAAUAAAUGUGUGUUGUUUUAGGAAAAUAAUCAGCUUCGGAGUAAUGAUGCAUCAUACCACACCAUUGUGGAUUAAUUUCAUAUAACACCAUGCCCAGUCAUGUUUUAUUCCUUACUUAUUUGCUGUUAGUUUGCCCAGUCAUGUUUUAUUCCUUACUUAUUUGCUGUUAGUUUGUCCAAGUUAUAAUCAUAAAUAGGGGUCUUGCGGCCUUGGCUUUGCUUCUGCGUCUUCCAUCUGCCCCAUGGGGAAGGGGGGCCACUUUGGCAGCUGCUCUACACACAGCUGCUCUCUUUUCAUGAGUGUUUGUGUUUCUGUGUGUCUUUCACUCCUUCCGUCUCUCGUCUCAGCUCUCCCCUGCACUAUAACGUCUGCUGAUUUAUAGCCUUUGUGUUACUACCUGCAGUCCCCUGGCAGCGUGGUGCAGUUACCUGCCUUCAGUUGUCAGCACUGUAUGCAUUGUCCUGCUACACCUCCGUUGGUUGGAAGUGUGAUGGUGGUGGGUAGGCUCUCGAUCGACUCUGUUACUGCCUGCAGUGCUGCAGCUCUUCUUGGUGCAGCUGAGCAGGGUGUAAUUGUCACGUGUGACAUGCAGGAGGAAUGUAGAUAAUAGUGUGUUGUGAAGUGGGGUUGAGUGCAUCAGCUGGAGUGGAUGGAUGUUGUGCUGUGGUGCUGAUAUGGACGGAUGGCUGUGGAGCGUCCUGUCACUUUGUUUUAUGAGAAUAAUCCGAGAGGAAUAAUUGCAGGCGCAUGUCCGUGAAAGGCUUGGUUACAGUAUUGUGUGGAUCCGGGUUGGAGCAGUAUAAACAGAGGGGUGCUGAUCUGUGAUGAGUGCUGCUCUGUGCACCGGAGCCUCGGACGCCACAUCUCCAUCGUCAAGCAUUUGCGCCACAGCGGCUGGCCACCUUCCUUACUCCAGAUGGUGCAGACGCUGGCCAGUAAUGGUGCUAACUCCAUUUGGGAGCAUUCACUACUGGACCCUGCGCAAGUUCAGAGUGGUCGCAGGAAACCUAACCCACAAGAUAAAGUCCACCCCACCAAGUCAGAGUUCAUUCGCGCCAAGUAUCAGAUGCUAGCCUUUGUCCACAAACUGCCGUGCCGUGAUGAUGACGGGGUCACCAGCAAGGAUCUCAGCAAGCAACUACAUUCGAGUGUGCGGACAGGAAGUCUGGAGACAUGUCUGCGGCUGCUGUCUCUUGGAGCUCAGGCCAACUUUUUUCAUCCUGAGAAAGGCACCACUCCUCUGCAUGUGGCUGCUAAAGCGGGCCAGGUCCUGCAGGCUGAGCUGCUUGUGGUGUACGGAGCUGACCCCGGAGCACCGGACAUCAACGGACGCACACCCAUGGAUUAUGCCAGGCAAGCGGGCCAGGUGGAGUUAGCCGAGCGCUUGGUGGAAUGUCAGUACGAGCUCACAGACAGGCUGGCUUUCUAUCUGUGUGGCCGCCGUCCGGAUCACAAGAAUGGACAUUAUAUCAUCCCUCAGAUGGCAGACAGAGCGCGCCCUAAGUGCCCAACACAGAGCCUGGACCUAUCUGAACUGGCCAAGGCCGCCAAGAAGAAGCUUCAAGCGCUAAAUAACCGCUUGUUUGAGGAGCUGGCCAUGGAUGUGUAUGAUGAGGUGGACCGUAGAGAGAACGAUGCGGUGUGGCUAACGACUCAGAACCAUAGUACGCUGGUUACCGAAAGGAGUGCUGUUCCCUUUUUGCCCGUCAACCCUGAAUAUUCGGCCACACGCAACCAGGGCCGACAGAAGUUGGCACGCUUUAAUGCACGAGAGUUUGCUACACUAAUUAUCGACAUUCUCAGCGACGCCAAGCGGCGGCAACAAGGCAAAGGCCUGACAAGUCCCGCUGAGCCUCUAGACGUGAGCCAGGCAGAUGAUGACCAGCACGACUAUGAUAGCGUAGCUUCGGAUGAGGACACAGACAGUGAAAUAACUGCACAGAACAACACCAACGCUCAGCGCAACAACCGUGCUAAGAGCAUGGACUCUUCUGAUUUGUCGGAUGGGCCCAUCACGCUGCAGGAAUAUCUGGAGGUGAAGAAGGCCCUGGCCUCUUCUGAGGCCAAAGUCCAGCAGCUCAUGAAAGUCAACAACAACUUGAGCGAGGAGCUGAGGAGACUUCAGAAAGAGAUUUCGCGGAUGCAGACGGAGAACGUAGCUCUAAGGGGGGCUCAGGCUGGGCCUGCGGGGGCUCUGGGGGGUGGCAACCCGGCCCUUUGGCCCACCGGGGUAAGAGGAGGGGCAGGAGGAGUGGGCAGUGGUGACUCAAGCUUGGCUCCACCCUCCUCAGCUCCCCUGCGAAGGGACAGGCAGGCCUUCUCGAUGUAUGAGCCCGGAGUGGCCGCCCCCAAAGCCCUCGGCCCAGCACUGGACUCCCUGAGCGGCCACCUGCAGCCCCUCAGCUCCAGCGUAAGUGUGCGAAAAGGGGCUUCUGCAGGCCCCACCCCUUAUGGAGGACCACACAUGUCAGCCUCCAUGGAGAUGGGGCGCUAUAUGCCCCCUAAAUUAGAGAAACAUGGUAGUGGCACUGACAGUGACUAUGACAACACUCUAACAUAUGACACCUCUGUUGGCGUGGGCCGCAGCAGUGAGGAGGAGAGCCGAGCGGAGGUGGAGGAUAGUGGAGAUGCGGGAGAGCCAGAUCCCACGCUGCCCUGCACAGAGGAUGUCAUCCUGAAGACUGAGCAGGUCACCAAGAACAUCCAGGAACUGCUGAGAGCAGCACAGGAGUUUAAACAUGACAGUUUUGUGCCAUGCUCGGAGAAGAUCCACUCAGCUGUGACAGAGAUGGCCUCUCUCUUUCCUAAGAGACCAGCUCUGGACGCGGUACGCGCCUCCCUCAAGCUGCUGGCCUCUAGCGCCUCGCGUCUGCAGGUGGAGUGUCGCAAAGCUGCGCCCUCGGAGCCUUCGGCCAGCGCUGUCGAUUACCAGCUCCUCACACAGCAGGUCAUCCAGUGUGCCUACGACAUAGCCAAGGCCGCUAAGCAGCUCGUCACCAUCACCACUCGCGAGAAGAAGCAGUGACCCGGCUCUGGGCUUGAUGGGUGACGGGAACACACUACAGAAAACAGGACACACUGCUGGUGGAGGAAGGAACUGCAAACAAACAGUGGGUUGUUGAAGAUGAGAAAGAAAUGAAUGAUGGAAAAAGAAGAACAUGAAUGGGUUGAAUGUUGAAUGUAGGGGAUGGUGACAGUUAUUUCAUGAAUGAUGAUAAAAAUAAGAAUCACAUGUGGGGGGGGGGAAGAAAUGAAAGAAAAAGAAUGGAUGUAACAGGAAGCAGGUUGCACCACCUACGCAGAGAGGGGGAAGCUUAUGGGAGACCCUUAUCGGAGCGGCUCAAAUCAUCUCACUACUUCUCUUAAUCUUCUGUUAACGGGAUCCCUCUGUACAUGCACCUUUCAUUCAUCUCUCUCUCUCUCCCUCUCCCCCUUUCUCUCUCUCACACACACACACAAACACACACACACAGUUAUAUGCUGAUGACUCAUAUGCACAUUUAACACACACACACACACACACGCACACACACACACACACACACACACACACAAAAGGUCUGCUCUUUCUCAUAAUUUUUAUUUUCUUUAAUGUUUGUUGAUUCAUGUCUACUUUUAUAUGCCACUCCAUUGGCCUUUACCUCUUGGAACAGAGAUGUAGACUUAAAAACACUUACACUGGAAUUAUUGUAAUGCUUAUGACUAUGUUUUUUUUUAUUAUUGUUAUUAAUGUUAUGAUUAUCAUUGUCAUUGAUGUUUUUUUCUGAAUUUUGUUAAAUAUGUAUUGUUAUUAUUUUUUGUUAUUUCUUUGUAUAUCACUUACAAAGGGGGAGCUUUGAAAAUGGAGCACUCAGCGUGUACUCAGUAUUGGGGUUCCUCAUGAGCUUACAGAACACACCUGUACUCCAAUAAGACAUGUUUGUGUAGAAACCUAGAAGUCUGCAUUCACCAUAACCAAAGGAAAUAGCGAUGGUAAUGAGGACACUGUAGCAAUGAUUUUACAGCCAUUAAGGCUGACUUAGUCGCAUUUAUCAGUGUCUGAAAAUAAGGUCAGCUCUCAUUCUUGGAGAUAGAUCCAUUUCUUCAUUCAUCUCACCAUUCACAGUCCCUCCAUUGUACGAUCAUUUCAUAGAAGCUGCAGAUUGGUUGGCUCAUUCGUUACAUUGCCUGUGUUUAGGAACAUGGAGGUCCACUCUGGUAGGAUGGUUCCUCCCCAGUUCUUCCACUGUACUUUCUCUGAGAGUAUCAAUUUGGCUUCUUUACUAGUGUAGUGAGUUAGAGAAUUUUGAUGUGAACUAAUUUUUUGGACCAGAUUUUUUUUCUUCUAUGAAAAUAUCAGAUUGAGUAUACUUCAUGUUUAUAUUAUUUUCUUGAUUGAAAAGCAUGUGUACUGUCAAUGUAACAAUGUUAUAUAAGCUAUACGGAUGUAAGCGCUGAUGGUGGAAGGGCACCAUCAGUGUUCACUAUCCGGGCACUUCAGCAGGUUGCAGUAAUGGGAAAAAAAAUGACAGCUGUGCUGUAUAAAGCUCUCCCCUAUUGAUUCUGGAGCCAUAAAGCCAGUGUGUAGGAGACUGUAGGUAGCAGUCAGGGCCCCCAACCUACUGCUGAAUACUAGCUAUAGAGCUCUGGGGCUCAUAGUACAACCAAGUUAUUUUAACUGAUGAAUACUCCUCGAUAUUGUGGGGUUAGUAAACUGGAGCUUUCAAAAUAUGUAUACCAGGCACUAUUAAUGUUUAAAAUUCUCAGGCUUCUUUUAGACAGCUUGUCACAUUACGUUUGGUGUUCAUUCAACCAGAACUUUUCAGUUCUUCUUUGGACCACAACCACAUUUCAGCAGAUGAUUGCAUAUUGAUGGUAUCUCUGACCAGACAGCUAGUAAAACAAUUCGUCUUAUCUUACUGUCUAGGCACAGUCUGUGUCACAUCAUGCCAUCAAUACUCCUUCAGUGUUAUAUUUUUGUUUUUGUGUUUCUUUUGCCAUUACAUAAGCCUUAAUUUUACUUCUCUCACUUUGUCCAAUUUGCCCUGAUGUUUUCAACCAUUUCAUGCACUUGCCUUAUUUCUUUUUCAUUUUGGGAAUGGGAUAUUGUUUUCCUUAAAAAAAAAAAAAAUCAAACAACUGUUUGAGAGAAUUUACCAUUUACUUUGCACAUCUGUUAUUUUUUAAUAGCUACGUGGCAUCUCUUCCAGACUCUUUGUUCCCUCUGGGUAGUGCGCAUGGAACCGAAUCAUUGAGUAUGUGUUACACAUAUUGCUAAUUUUGCCUUUUUCACAAGGCUAUUUUACUGUGGCCCUUGGGAGAUGUUUUACCCAGUUUAUUGUGAUCAUAGAUAGUUAAGAGGUUAGCACCUGAAAAGAUGGAGUGUGUGUGUUGGGAAAUGGGAGCCUUAGCACACACAGACUUCAUGAUCUAUCCAGCACAAUGUUGGGCUCCUUUAGUGUGAGUUCUGUAAGUUUAAUGUCUGCCUUGUCCCAUGCAGCCUCAUGCCAUAAUACAAUCAAUGCACACAAGAACAAAGCCUGCGUGCACACACACAAACAUCCACAUCCUACUUCUGCAUAAUCUCUUCUUCAAGUCAGUCAAACACACUGCACUGUACUCAUCAUAACUGUUAUGAGAUGGCUGAUGGGAGAAUUUCUUUUAGCAGAGUUAAUUGUACAAAAUAAAGAAAUUAAACUAAGCAAAAAACAAUUAAAUCAUAAUAGAAACUCAUAAGCUGUACAUUUGUAAUAAAGAGAAAAAUGGUAA